AGUCUAUGGCUGACUGACUUUGAGAGAAGCCGUGUAAGAUGAGAAGAGAGAGAAAGAGAGAGAAAGAGAGAGAAUAUUCUCUCUAGUUUGCUUUCUUUUUGGUGUUUUCUUCAGAGUUCCAAGCAAGUUUUUUUUUUUUCUUUUUUCCAAGAAGAGUCUAAUUUCUUGACUUGGAACAAAGUUUUUUAGUUUAAUUUUCUUUAAUUUAAAGGGCUAAAGAAAAAUUUUUAACAAAUAUUCUGAGAAAAAUCUCGGGGUUAAAUUUUGCCAAGAAGCUUCUGUUUUUUUAUUUGUUUUGGUGGGUUCUGGUUUCAGCUUCUCACUUUGUUUCUUCUAGUUUACUUAGUUUGGAACAAACCCAGAAGUUACUUUGUGUUCACUUUCAAAAUGAUUUCUCAAGAUGGUCUUUCUGUUCCGUCUACAAUUAAAGCUUCUGUUCAAGAGCCCAACUCAAACCCUAACCCUAAUACAAAUCAGUUGAAGAAGAAGAGAAAUUUACCGGGUAAUCCAGAUCCAGAUGCAGAAGUUGUGGCUUUAUCUCCAAAGUCUCUUAUGGCUACAAAUCGAUUCCUCUGUGAAAUUUGCAACAAGGGUUUUCAAAGAGACCAGAACUUGCAGCUUCAUCGAAGAGGACACAAUCUUCCGUGGAAGCUAAAGCAAAAAUCAAACAAGGAAGUCAAAAAGAAGGUUUAUAUUUGCCCAGAAAAGACCUGCGUACACCAUGACCCAUUAAGAGCCCUAGGCGACCUUACUGGAAUAAAGAAACACUAUAGUAGAAAACAUGGAGAAAAGAAGUGGAAGUGCGAGAAAUGUUCAAAGAAGUAUGCAGUUCAGUCAGAUUGGAAAGCUCAUAGCAAGAUCUGCGGCACAAGAGAGUACAGAUGCGACUGCGGCACUCUCUUUUCCCGGAAGGACAGCUUUGUCACCCACAGAGCUUUUUGUGAUGCUUUGGCUGAAGAAAGUGCGAGGUUUACUCCCAUUUCUUCAACCAAUCCAAAUUUCAGAAAUGACUUCGGAACAAGCAAUAAUCCUCAUCAAGUUCCCCAAUUUUCAUCAGUUCUUAGGCCACAGUCUGCCGGACCGGAGCUCGUCGGCAAUCUUAGUGUAGAUGGCCAAAAGCCGAGGUUACCACUAUGGCUAGACCAAACCAAUUCUCAGCUCAACCCAACUGGGAAUAUCGCUAGUAAUUCUAAUAAUGCUCUUUUGACACCAAACUCCUCAAGCUUGCCUGAGUUAGCAGAAAUGGUACCGAUGAGUAUGUACCCUUUGUCGCAAAUGCAGUGGUUCAACAAGUACCCAGAAGCAUCUUUUGCAGGAGCCAAUCUCUCUAUAUCAUCAGCAUUACCGCGGGGACCCAAAGAGGAGGAGGAGAAUAAGAGCUCAUUUAACUUGUCUGAGACCGUUUCGUCUUUGUAUUCGAAUAACCAGAGUUACCAACAAGGCCCGGCUUACAUGUCAGCCACGGCGCUCUUACAAAAAGCGGCACAAAUGGGAUCCACGAGAAGCAACCUGGCAAUGAAUAGCACUACCGGGUUUGGGUUAAUGAGUUCUCUAUCUUCCUAUAACCAGGACAAAAAUAAUGAGGUCCACAAGUUUUUCAAGCAGCCAAAUCAAGCUGAUCAGAACUUGAACGAGUUAAUGAAUUCUUUGUCGUCUUCGACGCCAGGUUCCACCAUUGGUGUUGCUGGAGGGUCUUCUGGAGAUCUAAACUCAAGGACCUUAAUGACUAACAACAAGAAAAUAGAUCAUCUAUUAAUGCCAACAAAUGGAAAGGCAAUUGGGAAUCUCAGUGGAAGUAAUUCAAUCGAAGCUGAAAGAAGUUUAACAAGAGAUUUUCUCGGCGUAGGAGGUCAUGAAGGUGCCAGCAGGCCAUUCUCCCAACAAGAGCUCGCAAAGUUCAUGGAUUUGAGCGGGUACAGUGCACAUCAGUGAAGCAAAGAGAAUUCCAAAUACAAAAAGGUUAAUUAGUUAGCAGUAGCACAUACACUAAAAUGAAGUUGUAAGAGAAGUAGAAAGAAACUUAAUUAGGAUAAUGAUGAAAGCCUUUUUGUAAGGAGUUGGAGUUGCACUCAGUGGGGAGCAAGCAGGCGAGUCAACUCAGUGGGAAACAGAGGGAAAGGAGCGGUGUUGUGAGUCGUGAAGAAGAACCAAAGGGGGCCAGUGCAUGGUGGAAGAGCGCAGAAAGAGACAUGGCAAUCAGAGAGGAGUGGGGCCACCUAGCCAUGCAUGCAGUUGUAAUUUCUAUUUUAUUUUAUUUUAAUUUACUUUAAAUUCAACGUUGAUAGAACAUGUAGCUUGUGUUGAGUUGUGUUUACACAUGGUCGAUCGUGACCACUUGUUCUCGA